AUGGAAGCCGCGGCGAAGACGGUCCAGCAGCUCACCCAGCGCAUCCUGCCCGAGAAGCCUCACCACCUCUCCUACUCCCCCGACUGGCGAUACCACAUCCCCGCCAACGAAUCCAGACAGAAGAACCCUGAGGAAUGGGAAAACACCCGUCUGCAGUAUUCGACACUCGUGUCGGAAGCCGACCGCGGUGUCCUCCUCACAAGAUCAUACUACGACAUGCGUGUCGAGCCCCAGAAGCCGCCCCCUCGCGACGUGAGCCUCCUCGCAAAGGGCGGCGGCGAGAAGAAGAAGUUGUCGCUGAGCGACUACAAGAAUAAAAAGACUUCGGGUGUUGCCUCUGACACCACCACCCCAGAGCCACCCAGCGCCCGAAAGCGAGAUGUCGAGCGCGCACAUGCAGACUCCAAGUCUAUUCACGAGAUCAGGAAACCCGAUCCCCAUCGCUCAAGGGAUUCUCAUCCUUCUCUCGAUGCUAAACCACAAAAACACAGAGAAAACAUUGUUGACAUGAGACUACCUCCGAAACCGCCAACGCUUCCGCCUCGGCCCGUAUCACCAGACAGCAGAAAGCGUUCCGCCAAUAUUGACGACGACCACCGCUUACAGAAACGGCACAGGCCAGACCUGCCUCGUGCAGCCGAAGACCGGCCGCGACCCUCCCGCGACGAACCCCCGCGCCGCAAGGAGCGUGAUUCUCUGGCGCCUUCCGACUACUCUUCUCGAGACGGCAAACCGACCAGUUCUUCAACGCUCACUAAUGGACGCAGUCUCCUCAAAAGCUCCAAUGCUUCUGCCGCGGCUCGUAAUCCCUCGCCAGCUGGGCGCGCACGGGGUGACUCAGUCAACGGCGUCCGACCCAACGUCUCGGGAAGCACAAAGAACACGCCGACCAAGAUUGACCAAUCUUCGCGAUCGUCGGUUCCCCCUCUACUGUCGCCACUGCACUUGAGCUGGGACAGCCAGAACGCGGCCGAUAAGGGAGAGAAGAAGAGGGCUCGAGAGGACGCCGUGGAUGGCACACGGCCGACAAAACCCAAGAAACCCGAUCCGCCACCUCCCCUGAAGGCAAAGAACGACGCCAACAAAGACAAAUCUCCUCUUCGACUGCCUGCGCUACUCUCCCCAACCCUACCCAGCGCUCUGGAAGCAGAGCUUUCCCGAAGAAAGGUUUCUGCCAAGGUAUCAGAUGUGAAGGCGCGAGAUGACAGAGACAAGGACGAGCGAGUUGAGAAGCGGAGCGAAGAGAAACCGAAGUCGACGACGGCCAGAAAGGCGCCUGUCGAACCAGAGGAAGAAGUCUCGAGCAGCAAAGAAAGGAAGCGGUUGAUUGUGACUUUGCGGAUAUCCAAACGCAUGCGCCAGACACUAAAACGGAUCCUAGCCCUCCCAGCCGGCAAACGUGAACGCUCGGUCAGCACUGAGGCGCCACCUGCUCAGGCUAAGAAGCGUCCCGUCACAUCUGAGAACACGGGUGACACAAUAGCUGUCAAACGACCCCGUAUGCCGUCCGUCUCGAGCCUCCCACCACCGCCUUCGACGCCGUCCAAGAAGGGCACAACUGCCAUGUCCCGUGUCAGCUCGAGCAACUCACAAGCUCAUACCCCUGGCGAGAUAACUAACGCAACGCCUGUACCCCCCGGAUCGUCAGAUCGUCCAACCACUAACGGUACUGAUGCCCCCCGAGGCGACAAGGCCGAUCCCCGGGCGGCAUAUGAAAAGCAUGUUCGCUUCUCAGACUUGGGUCGGCGACUUAAGCAUGAAGGUGAUGUCGCGAACAAGCAUAGCAUGAAGCUUGCUGCCGGUGACGCGCGGGCUAGUGAGUCGAACCGCAAGAAGUACUUUGCCCUCGCGGUAGAGAGCACCAUUGCCUUUAUGACCAGUUUCCACCUCCUCAACGUCAGUCGCAACCUACAGAGCAAGCCGUGUGAUCCAAGCGGCUGGUCCAGCUUGAUCAAGAUGGUCGACUACCUCUCAAAGGAGAUACGUCGGGACUCGCGGCGAUACCCACCGAUAUUCGCCCUUGUCCUGAUACUGCAGGCUGUGGCGGCGGACGAGUUUAUCAAGUCGUUCAGCAACUUUGAGCAUAUCUCCAAAGAGGAGAUUUAUCAGCACCAAGCCACUCGCUUCCGCAACUGGCCCACGGUGCGCGAGGUCUAUGACACAGUUGACAGUUCCAACCUGCGAGCAGACAUCACCCCCUGGUCCACUGUCGACGAGGUCUGCCAGGCAUCGAUGCGUGUCAUUCGGCAGUGGUGUGUUGACGAGAAUGUUGAUUGGACUCCCGAGUUCAAUCCCAGGGAGGCCAGCAUCAGAGUCAGCCGAUGA